AUGGUUGAUUUAGCCGGCAAGCUUUCAGUUGCAUCUGAACAGAAACCCUUCAGUUGCUAUGUAUGCCGUUCUAUCGUCGACAGUUUCAAAGGACUCAAUGACGACGACGAUAUUCAGCCACGCCUUGGGGAUCUCAAAUCUAUCCGCGCAAUACCUUGUCCGUACCAUGCAGGCUUGCUUAAGAAUGAGCUAUGGAGGCUUGGUCCAGUUGAAGGUUACGACUCUGGAUUGCUCCGCUUGAUCCGAGGGCGCCGAUCAAAACAAAUAUACUUAACUUUGGACGACGAAGAGAACGAAGAUAAUCAAGAAGACUCUUGUGAAGACGGUGAAGAUGGUGGUUCGGAUGGUGAAGAGUCGAGGGUUGAAGAGUCAAGUGGCGACGACAAUGAUUCUGACAUUUAUAACUCUUCAGACCUACUUGCCCUAGUGCAUCGACAGGAUAUCCCAGAUCACCAAGGUAAGGCGAGGCUUGUUGAUCCCGAAUGGUUAGAUGUCAACAUCGUCUGUGGUUGGAUUAAUACUUGUGAAAGAGAUCAUCCGAAUUGUAGAGACUCAGGGCUUUGGCCUAGUGAGGACUCUGUGCGACCCAAAUACCUCAUUGAUGUCAUUGAUAACCGGCUGGUUCGUGGGGAGCACGCAAUGGGUGACUACGUCGCGCUCAGCUACGUCUGGGGUCGGACGAAGACGCUCCGCACAAUGGCCAACAGUGUAGGCCAACUCUUAGAGCCAGGAGCUUUUGCCAAUGAGGAUGUGAGAAAGCAGAUGCCAAAGACUGUGAAGGAUGCAAUGGGUAUCGUGAGCUGGCUUGGAAUGAGAUAUCUCUGGGUUGAUGCGUUGUGCAUCGUUCAGGACGACAGCGAGCAGCUUCGUCUGGAACUUGGUCGGAUGCCAGGCAUUUAUGCCUCUGCGUCCUUCACCAUCGUCGCCGCUAACGGCGCGGAUGCUAGCCACGGUCUUCCGGGCUUCAAAGGCGUAUCUUCCCCGCGCAGCCUUCAUCAAGUGACUGUGAAGCUGGCCGGAUCAGAAAUGCUCGUCGUCACACCACCAAUCCCUCGAUCGAGCGGAUCAGAGGCAUAUAAAAAAUUGCGGAUUCCCUACCACCAGCGAGCCUGGACAUUCCAAGAGUAUCAUUUCGCCUCGCGCAAACUUAUCUUCCAGGGAGAGACUGCUUUUUGGCUAUGUUCUCAGGCCGAGUGGUGGGAAGAUCAUCACCAGGCACCAGGGAUGGAUACACCAGAAGUCCCAGAUUCAGAAGGCGUAUUGAAGAUCAGGGCUCCGGUGCUUUUCUUCUUGACCCAUAUGAUCAAGGAGUUCAAUGUGAAAGCACUGUCAUUUCCUGAAGAUGCCGCCUCUACGUUUUCUGGGCUGCAGAAUGUACUCGGGAGUCGCGUGUUCCCAGGUGGACUGUUAUACGGGCUUCCAAUCUUCUUUCUUGAGAUGGCUCUUCUGUGGCGUCCUAGGGGUGAUAUACAUCGACGUGUUCCCGCAAAGAAACAAGGAUCAAAUGAAGCAACCCCGAACAGUCUCCCGUCGUGGUCCUGGCUCGGCUGGAGUGGCAAUGUUGCAUUUCCGGAUGACUGCGAGUUUGCUGCAUACAACGGUGGCAGUUUUGAUGAGAGAGAGGGAUUCGUAUCUCCGGUUACAGAGUGGUAUGCAGUUCCAUCACCGUCGUGUAAACAUUCCAGCAAGCAGGCACUUGUACCAGGAUGGUAUACUUCGAAAAAGGAGGCGCAAACGGGGAACGGCCUCGUACCUGAGGGGUGGGAGCGACAGAAUUUCGAUGAGGGCCAAUUGGAGCCAGCGGACAAAGAAUAUCUUCCUAGAUAUACCCCCCGGUUCUCGUUCGAAAUCGAACAUUUUGCAGCGGAAUCGCGACAAAGCAGCUUUGUCCCUAGGUUGCUUCAUUGGUAUCCUGUCCCCGCCACUAGCACCAAGUCGGGCGAAGCCACCGUCCAACAGUCAGCAUAUAUUUCUUGCCGUACUGAGCGAGCAUUUUUGUAUGCUGGCUCUAAAAUAGGUGUUCUGAAGCCUCCCAGGUUGCACUUACUGGAUAGAAAGGGGGUGCUUGCUGGAUACCUGCAACUGCACAACGAGGGUGAGCUUGAGCAAUUCCAGACCACAGAAACACCUGGAAAGCGUGUUGAGCUCGUAUCCGCUGCCAAAGGCUACACAGGGAGGCUGGGCGGUGAACAACGAAUUCCGGGGGCAGAGGAGGAUAGAAGUUUAUGGUUUCGAGACUGCCUGUUCGUGCUUUGGGUCGAAUGGGAUAAUGGCGUUGCAUUUCGAAGAGGAUCCGGUGUCGUUUCUCUUGAAGGUUGGAACGAGGCAUGCGGAAAGGAUCUUUGUGACUUAGUCCUUGGCUAA